GUCUGAGGUGGGGCUAGGAUCUGCAGAUUAACGGGCUCCGUGGGAGGCUCCCUGCUGGUGGCCAGUCUCGGGGUUUAGCUGUUCACUGUUGCUACUCGUGCUAAACCACGGUCUAACACUACCGACACUUAAUCGCCCUGGUCCUCAAGACAGCCGCGCCCCCAGCCGGGUGAGGCCCUCAUCCUCUAGCACCGGAUGGGGCCUGGGAACUGCUGCUUAGCAGAUUCAGCUACCCACGUGGUCAUCCGGGGCAACCACAAGGUCGACUCAAAAGACCAAAAUAAAUGUAUAACGAAUGCCAGGACCAAAGCCGGAAUAUAUCUAAUCAUUCAUUUUGAGGUUUAAACUUAAAAAUGUUACAUAAAAAAAUAAGUAACCUGCCAAAAAAUGCAGAGUGGCGGCGGCGGGGGUGGGGGAGGGGGCGGUGAACGCGAGGGGCAGUACUUCCGGGUCAGGUGGGCCGGCUGUCUUGACCUUCUUUGCGGCUCGGCCAUUUUGUCCCAGUCAGUCCGGAGGCUGCGGCUGCAGAAGUACCGCCUGCGGAGUAACUGCAAAGAUGCUGUCCGUGCGCGUUGCUGCGGCCGUGGUCCGCGCCCUUCCUCGGCGGGCCGGACUGGUCUCCAGAAAUGCUUUGGGUUCAUCUUUCAUUGCUGCAAGGAACCUCCAUGCCUCUAACACUCAUCUUCAGAAGACUGGGACUGCUGAGAUGUCCUCUAUUCUUGAAGAGCGUAUUCUUGGAGCUGAUACCUCUGUUGACCUUGAAGAAACUGGGCGUGUCUUAAGUAUUGGUGAUGGUAUUGCCCGCGUACAUGGGCUGAGGAAUGUUCAAGCAGAAGAAAUGGUAGAGUUUUCUUCAGGCUUAAAGGGUAUGUCCUUGAACUUGGAACCUGACAAUGUUGGUGUUGUCGUGUUUGGAAAUGAUAAACUAAUUAAGGAAGGAGAUAUAGUGAAGAGGACAGGAGCCAUUGUGGACGUUCCAGUUGGUGAGGAGCUGUUGGGUCGUGUAGUUGAUGCCCUUGGUAAUACUAUUGAUGGAAAGGGUCCAAUUGGUUCCAAGAUGCGUAGGCGAGUUGGUCUGAAAGCCCCUGGUAUCAUUCCUCGAAUUUCAGUGCGGGAACCAAUGCAGACUGGCAUUAAGGCUGUGGAUAGCUUGGUGCCAAUUGGUCGUGGUCAGCGUGAGCUGAUUAUUGGUGACCGACAGACUGGGAAAACCUCAAUUGCUAUUGACACAAUCAUUAACCAGAAACGUUUCAAUGAUGGAUCUGAUGAAAAGAAGAAGCUGUACUGUAUUUAUGUUGCUAUCGGUCAAAAGAGAUCCACUGUUGCCCAGUUGGUGAAGAGACUUACAGAUGCAGAUGCCAUGAAGUACACCAUUGUGGUGUCGGCUACGGCCUCGGAUGCUGCCCCACUUCAGUACCUGGCUCCUUACUCUGGCUGUUCCAUGGGAGAGUAUUUUAGAGACAAUGGCAAACAUGCUUUGAUCAUCUAUGACGACUUAUCCAAACAGGCUGUUGCUUACCGUCAGAUGUCUCUGUUGCUCCGCCGACCCCCUGGUCGUGAGGCUUAUCCUGGUGAUGUGUUCUACCUACACUCCCGGUUGCUGGAGAGAGCAGCCAAAAUGAACGAUGCUUUUGGUGGUGGCUCCUUGACUGCUUUGCCAGUCAUAGAAACACAGGCUGGUGAUGUGUCUGCUUACAUUCCAACAAAUGUCAUUUCCAUCACUGACGGACAGAUCUUCUUGGAAACAGAAUUGUUCUACAAAGGUAUCCGCCCUGCAAUUAACGUUGGUCUGUCUGUAUCUCGUGUCGGAUCCGCUGCCCAAACCAGGGCUAUGAAGCAGGUGGCAGGUACCAUGAAGCUGGAAUUGGCUCAGUAUCGUGAGGUUGCUGCUUUUGCCCAGUUCGGUUCUGACCUCGAUGCUGCCACUCAACAACUUUUGAGUCGUGGCGUGCGUCUAACUGAGUUGCUGAAGCAAGGACAGUAUUCUCCCAUGGCUAUUGAAGAACAAGUGGCUGUUAUCUAUGCGGGUGUAAGGGGAUAUCUUGAUAAACUGGAGCCCAGCAAGAUUACAAAGUUUGAGAAUGCUUUCUUGUCUCAUGUCGUCAGCCAGCACCAAGCCUUGUUGGGCACUAUCAGGGCUGAUGGAAAGAUCUCAGAACAAUCAGAUGCAAAGCUGAAAGAGAUUGUAACAAACUUCUUGGCUGGAUUUGAAGCUUAAACUCCUGUGGAUUCACAUCAAAUACCAGUUCAGUUUUGUCAUUGUUCUAGUAAAUUAGUUCCAUUUGUAAAAGGGUUACUCUCAUACUCCUUAUGUACAGAAAUCACAUGAAAAAUAAAGGUUCCAUAAUGUA